AUGAUCGAAGAGGGGGCCGAGCCUUUCAAAAAUGUGCGUAGACUGCCAUCAGAUGCUGACGGUCCUCUUGAGCUCUCGGGCACCGACUUUAUGACCGGCACGCCCGAAGAUCCGAGCGUUGUCUGCUUGAGACCUGGCUGCCAGCGAUUCGGAGGAGGACUUGCGAGGGCAACAAUAAAGCGAAUCUCCGUCUGUGCACGCUCAUCAAAGGACAAACGAGACGAGACAAGACCGCUCGUCAUGCCUCUCAAAGCACUCAUCCUCGUUGGCGGCUUCGGCACACGGUUGCGCCCACUCACGCUGACCUUGCCGAAGCCGUUGGUCGAGUUUGCAAACAAGCCUAUCAUCCUGCAUCAGCUGGAAGCGCUCGUCAAGGCAGGCGUCAAGCACAUCGUUCUCGCCGUCAACUAUCGCCCGGAAGUCAUGGUCGCUUUAUUGAGCAAGUGCGAACAAGAGUACGGCAUCGAGAUUACCUUUAGCGUCGAGAGCGAGCCUCUCGGUACAGCCGGACCACUCGCCCUGGCACGCGAAGUGCUCGGCAAGGAUGACUCGCCCUUCUUCGUGCUCAACUCAGACGUGACGUGUUCCUAUCCUUUCGAACAGCUACGAGACUUCCACAUGGCGCAUGGCGACGAAGGUACCAUCAUGGUCACCAAAGUAGACGAGCCGAGCAAAUACGGUGUCGUCGUUCAGAUGCCCAACUCGACCGUCAUCGACCGCUUCGUAGAGAAGCCGGUCGACUUUGUCGGCAACAGAAUCAACGCGGGCAUCUAUAUGUUCUCGCCCAAAGUACUCGACCGUAUCGAACUCCGUCCGACUUCGAUCGAGAAGGAGACCUUCCCUGCUCUCGCGGCAGACCGUCAGCUGCAUGCCAUGGAUCUCGAAGGAUUCUGGAUGGACGUCGGUCAGCCAAAGGACAUGCUCGCCGGUACUGCGCUCUAUCUGAGCUACAUCGCGCAAACGUCGCCAAAGAUGCUCGUCGAUCCGUCCCAGAACAAGUGGGUACAUGGUGGCAACGUCAUGGUAGAUCCCACUGCAGAAGUGCACCCGGAUGCAGUGAUCGGGCCCAAUGUCGUCAUUGGACCCAAGUGCGUCGUCGGAGCAGGCGCGAGACUGCAACGCUGCAUCAUGCUCGAAGGCUCAAAGGUCAAGGAGCACUCGUGGAUCCAUAAUUCCAUCAUCGGAUGGCAUUCCGUCGUCGGACGGUGGGUUCGCAUGGAGAAUGUCACCGUCCUCGGCGAUGACGUAUCUGUCAAGGACGAACUGACCAUCGUUGGCGCCUCUGUUCUGCCGCACAAGUCGAUCAGCAGCAGUAUCACGACGCCAUCGAUCGUCAUACACGACCUUAGACAAAAUCCUCGCUCUCGCAUCGACUGCGAGCCAGCUCCUUUUCAUAAAUCCAGCACACGAUCCAUCUGCGCAACUAGCACGCUCAAGAUUCCCAUAGACAGACCCUCGCGCCCGUCCUCGUAUGACGACAAUGUUUCCUUUCCUUCGCCCGUUCGCAAUGCCCUGUCGAGAGUCACGGCGGCCCAAGCUUACCAAAGCAGACGGUUUUAUCUGAGCACUACUUUACCAACAAAGUGUAGUUGA